GUCUUCAUCUGGGAAGUGGAGUCUCCUACUACAAGUGAUGGGCAGAGAAGAGAGGGCUCAGGUAAUGGGACACCAAAGAGUUUAGCUCCAGACUUUCACUGGUGAUCAUCUCCUGGAAGGGGGUGGAAGUUUGGUAACUCCUCUCCACCAGAUAUUUUAAUUGAGGCAGUUGGAGACCCCACCUAGAUUUAAUCAGAGAGGACUUGGAGUGGGCUGUGCAGAGUGCAGAAGACAAGAGGACUUGGCCAGGACUUCUAGGGCCAUGUAUGGUCAGCAAGCCUACCCUCCCUUCACCCUGACCCCUGGGCUGAUGCAGGAAGGUUUUGGGGGUUACCCCCACCCCUCUCAGGCUUACUUCUUCUCUGCAAUGAAACAGAACCAUGUGGACUUGGGGGUCCAGGCCUUAGGAGAGCACCCUUCCCACCAGGUCAUGUCCUGGAACAACGUUCCCCAGAUGGAGCCCAGCCACCCAAUGAACUUUGGCUCCCCGCACCAGGUAAGGGGGGAGUCCCCGGGGCUCUUGGAGAAGAGGAAGAUAAAGGAGGAAAGCCCAGAGACUGAGGGUAAGGGAGAGGAGGAAUGCCCCCCUGCCCCUCCUAACACCCACUAUUACCCCCACUGCUGGAGUAACCCCUGGCUGGGGAGCCCCAGCACCCAGAGAUCGACCCCGGAAUCCAACGUGUACGGGACUCCUGCAGCCGGCCAAAGCCCCAACAGCCCGGCGGAGACGACCACCUACAGCCUGGAGAGCAGCCGGUGCAACAGCGCCCCCACUAAGAAGGCGGCCAAGAAGAGUAGUGAAGCAGCCGUGAACCUGACCGCGGCCAGCAGCCCGGGGGACAUGGAGGAACCGCUGCUCCUCCAUGAUGGGGAGGAUGUGCCGGACGUGCCGACGCAGGACGACAUGGAGCAGUUUGCUAAGGAAAUGAAGCGGAGGCGAGUGUCCAUGGGCUUCACACAAGCUGAUGUUGGAUACGCGCUGGGCGUCCUGUAUGGACAGAUGUUCAGCCAGACAACCAUCUGCAGGUUUGAGUCCCUCCAGCUGAGCUUCAAGAACAUGUGUCAACUGAAACCUCUUCUGCAUCGCUGGUUAGACGAAGCAGAGAACAAUGAUAACCUUCAAGAGAUGAUCAAUCGGCAACAGACUUGGUUUCAGACCACCAAGCGGAAACGGAGGACAAGCAUUGAAAACCUAGCCAAAGACAGCCUGGAGGUCUACUUCAUGAGGAACACCAAGCCUAACACUCAGGAACUGGCUCAAAUCGCUCAGGACCUCAACAUGGAGAAAGAUGUGGUCCGCGUCUGGUUCUGCAACCGGCGUCAGAAAGGGAAAAGGCACGUCAUUGACAAAGAAUAUAAAGGCUACGAAAUGCCACACACAAUCCACCCUCACAUGGGAGUCUUCUCGCUGCCACAGGAGAUGAUGCCCCAGGGUUACAUGUCUGCCCCUCUGGGACCUGCACCUACCAUCUACCCUCCUGCCUUUAACCACAAGAACAUGUUCUCCCAGCAACUGCCAAACGAAAUGCUGCUUGGGAACUCCAUGUCUUAACUGCCCCGGGGAGGACUUCACUUUUGGAACAAUUUUAAAUGUCCUCAUCCCUCACUGGAGCAAGUUUGACGUUCUGCUCAUCUGGUGCUGGUUGGAAGAUUGGUUGUUUUUAUUUAAUUUUAGAUGAACAUUAUUAUUUUUAUUUUGGGGAAGGAUAUUUGUUUUCUGAUGUACAAAUGAUUAAGCCAGGUCUCUCCCCUGCCUGGGUCAAGAGAUGAGAGAAAACAGAUCUGAUUCCAGUACAGACGUGGAUUCGUGGAACUCCUGCUAUUUCAGAUGUGAUAAAAUAGGUUUCCAUUUUUAAACUUUUUUUUUUUCUUCUUUAAAUUCCCCUUCACACCUCUGGCGGUUAUGACAAAAGGACUCUGUUCCUGGAAUAGCCUUCACUUCAUACUGUGGAGGCAUUAUAGGUGAUGCGUUAUUUGUCAGGACUGCUUAUUAUGUUGACUCAUCUCCUACAGUUGUCCUCCUACACCGCAUCCCUCUGUUCUGGACUGGUUUUGGGUGAACUGCAAGCGGUCUCCUAUAGACCUUGUCACAAUCCACUUUACUUCUGAUCGCACUAUGGUAAUAAUCCUGUGUAUUGUCUCUUGUGUAAUUAAACUCCGCUCAUCCUAUCUCCAACAGUGCUGACUGAUGCGGAGCCUUCCUCUGCUCGGUACUAUAGCGGGAACGAUUUGAGUGGAUGCAUUUCCUAUGAAUGUGUUUUUAUAUGAAGGCUGCUGUCGUCCGGUAAUUGUGCCUAUGUGAAUAAAACUGCUUAUCUCCUGGUCUAGGUUUUAUAGUCCUAGCGGUAAGUAAACCCCCUAGUUGUAACCCAUAUCAGUGAUCGUUGAAUUAUUUUAAUUUUUUUAUCUAUUUAUUUCUCCAUCUUUGCUCAUUAUGUGCAUAAUGUAAUAUCCUGCAGAGACUUGGACAGUUGCUAGGUGGGCAGUCUGUUAUUGAAUUCAGUAGGUGUAAGCUGGAUUCUUCUGCAAUGGAUUGGUCACUUGUUAGUGGUCCAUCCAAGGUUCCUUCGCAUAUCCUGCACGGUUUCUACACCAUAGGGUUGUUUGGCGCCUGAUCUAGUCCAAAGGUAGCAGUAUAGCCAAUGGUAAAUGGUGCUCUGGCCGGCUGUGUGUACGGUGCCCCCUAAUUGGUGUGUAUGGAGUGUUAUCUUGUAACCCUUUGAUUACUGGCAACUGUGCCCUCUCCUAUUUGGUACUAUCCCACUACAGUCGCUUUCAGCUAGCAAUUCAUUGCUGGGACAGCGUGGUGGUAACAUAAGCUGUGGUGUUGCUGAUCUUUGGAUGGAUCUGCCCAGCUUUCAGUGCUGCAAUGGUUUAAUGGUAAGAGAAUGGCGGGUCGCAGGGUGAAUGACGCCAGAGGCCUUAUGUCUACUGUUACUCUGAGGCCAAAAGUAUUGGUGUCAAUUUGUCGAGAUGAUCAAUGUUUUAUUAAACAGCUUUUAUGACA